AUGUCUCAGAGUUCUCCCUCAAAGAAAUCGUCUCCUCCCUCUGAAACAGCAUCUGAGUCUAGGGCACCAAAUGUGGUGAGUGAUCAAGAUGUUGUGUUGAAUGUUGUGCCAUUGAACACGGUUCCGGCUACCGAUCCUGUUCGUACUCUACCAAGAAAGAUGCAUGCAAGAAAAUCGACUGGUGGGUCUGUUCCAGAAACCUUUUCUGCUCCGGGUAAAGAGGGCUCUGCAUAUGUCCACAAUGCAAUCACAGGUCUUGUCACAAGAAUCUUGAAUGAAGGGCACAAGGUAGAAGGAAUAUCUGUUCCUCUAGCCCAAGCUCCUGCCUCUGAGAACAGCAAAGACGACCAAGAUGAUGCUAGCAAAGAUCAGGUUGAUGUUGAGACAUCUGAAGAUAACAAUGUUGAGAUCUCUGGUGCUAAAGAUGUUGAGACAUCUGAAGCUAUCAAUGUUGAGAUCUCGGGUGCUAAAGAUGUUGAAACAUCAGGAACUAAAGAUGCUGAGAUUCUUGAAACUGAGAAAGAUGAAGAGGUUCCUGCUACUCCUUCUAAAGAAACUAUUAAAGAAGGACCUACUGUGCAUGAUGUGGUGGAUCUGGAUAAUCUGGCCGAUCCUAUUGACAUAGCUGAUGAUGAGCUCAUCUCUAGCAUUUCUCAUAGAGUCAAGACUCGAAAGGGAAAACAGGUUUGUGAUCAACCUCCCUCCAAACCUAAAGCUACUCCUCAAAAGAAGGUUACCAGAGAGAAGAUCAAGAAGGUCCUUACUGAACCUUCAAAAACCGGGAGCAAGGUUGCUGUGAAGAAGAGAAAAGAAAGAAGUGUUUCUGACCCUGAGGAAAAUGUCUUAAGUGAUGUCCCUGACAUCCCUUCAAAGAAAAGGCAUGCUGUCACCAAAGCCUCCACUACUGUUCCUGAUAUUCCUUUGGACAACAUCUAUCUGCACUAUGCUUCAAAUGCUAUGCAGUGGAAGUAUGUUUUUCAGAGACAUUUGGCUCUGGAAAGAGAGCUCGCAAAUGAUGCUCUUGAAUGUCAAGAAAUCAUGAAGCUCAUCAAAUCUGCAGGUUUGCUUAAAACUGUUACUCGUUUUUCUAAAUGCUAUGAAAUGCUUGUGAAGGAGUUUAUAGUCAAUUUAUCUCAAGAUUGUGCUGAUGGGAAAGCUGAGGAUUUUCAUAAGGUGUAUGUUAGAAGAAAGUGUAUAGAAUUCUCCCCAACUGUUGUCAACCUCUAUCUAGGUAGGAAUGAUGAGGCUCAACCUGAGCUUGAAGUGACUGAUAAUGAGGUGUGCAAAGUUAUCACUGGUGGUAAGGUUAAGAAGUGGCCCAUAAAGAGUAAACUGUCUGCUAGCUCUCUUAAUGUCAGGUAUGCAUUGCUUCACAAAAUUGGUGCUGCUAACUGGGUGCCUACCAAUCAUACCUCUACCAUUGCAGUUGGCCUAGGAAGAUUCAUAUAUGCUGUGGGAACCAAGACUAAGUUUGAUUAUGGAACUUACAUAUUUGAUCAAAUUAUGAAGCAUGUUGGUACCUCUGCUACAAAGAUGCCCAUUGCUUUUCCUUCCCUGAUAUGUGGGAUUAUUCUCAAUCAGUACCCUGGGAUUCUGAAAGCCAAAGACUUUGUGUGCAAGAGAGAGAGUGCCUUGUCCUUCCACUAUAAGUUGCUCCAAAGAUCAGAUGACAUGACAUCUGCUGGGACAUCACAAACUAGCAAAUCUGUCUCCAAAUCCUCUCUUAUUGCUGAGCUGAGAGAGACUUGUAAAGAGUUGGACAAUAGGAAGAUGAAGCUUGAAAAGUUCAUUCAAAGUCUUGAGCAGUCUGCAGAUGAUGACCAUGCUGGUGGAAAUGAUACUAAUUAUGAAGAUAAUGGUGCUGAUAGUGGUGAUGAUGAAGAGGCUGAGGGUGGUGUAGGUGCUGAAGAGACUGAGAGCAGUGAUGCUGGUGAAGAGAUUGGUGACUCUAGUGAUGAAGAGACUGAUGAAUCUGACAAUUAG